AUGACUCCAAGCAAAUAUAUUUUAACACCACCGGAUGAUUUGCAUCCAUAUGUUCCCUCGAAGGAUAGCAACAGGCCUAAAGUUUAUCCUGAUUUUGAUCCCUGGAGUCAUACAAAGGAAGAGGAUGAGAUCCUGCUCAACUAUGUGUCUAAAGGUUACUAUUCAACUUCUAAAGUGAAUUUUGAGAGCAUUUCCGCAAGAUCUUCAUUGCAAGAAUCUCUACCCAAACUUUCAGAUCAGAUUGCUGAGCAAUUCUCACAAGUACUUCACAUUAGAGAAGGUGAAGUUAAUAAGAUAUUCUCAGGUCGCCCUGAUUCGAAUGUAUCAUUUUUUAAUGAUCUAUGUGGUCCUGGGUUUGCCCUGCCAAGUAGAGUUACACUGACUGAACACCGGAGGGAGCUUUGGUUACAAGAAUUGAGCUCACCAUAUGCAUCAUUACACAAGUUAUCAAAGCACAUUCCACAUGGUCUGAAGAGGAGACAAGUUUUAGAACAAUGUUAUACAAAACGUAUUCCACUUAAGCGAGCGGUAUGGCUCAUUAAAUGUUGUAAUUCAAUAGAAUGGAAGGCACUUGUCACCAAACACCAACAGAAACAGGGGGAAAAGGUCGAUGUGAGUAAUCAAUUGUUAAAAGAAUGGACUGAUAAUUUUGUAUACAUCACGGAGAAAUUGAUCUUUGAAAUGACACAGCAUUACAACGAUCCAGUUCAGUUGAAGCGAUGGCGAGGUGAUGUCGGUUAUUUUUUAAAGCUUUUGGGGAAUUGUUAUACUAUGGAUCUUUUGGAUAGAGAUAUCUUUCAUCAUUGGCUUGUUGAAUUUUGCGCUAAAAUAGAGAAUUUUGAACUCUUACCAUUGACUUUACACAUUUUAAUGAUAUUUUGGGACGGAAUUUGUCAAAAAGUGCAGGAAAGCUCAUUAUCUCAACCAUUGUUCUUAGUUUCCAAGACAGCUGAAAUGCUAUUAAACAAAUAUUAUACCGUGUCACACAGUAAGUCAAUGAUAGACGAUGAUAAAUAUAUUAUUAAUGAUAAUAAGAAGAAUAACAAAAUUAGGGAGUCCAUUCUUUCGACUUUAAGGUUCUUAAUAUGCAACCUCUUCCAAGAUCAAUCACUGGAAGCAUUUAUUUUUCCAAAUUCUAGCUGGGAUCUUUACAAACCCAUUUUAUAUGAAAUGGUGGGAAAUUUCCAAGCCAGUCCAGAACGUCUGCGUGAGACUAAAAAGAAAUUGGAAUUAAUCAGUUAUAGGAAUGAAUCCUUAAGGUUCAAUAGCUCAUUAAGAGAUGAGGCAACCAGUACUGAAUUAGGUAACCAGAGUAAUGGAGGCGUUAUCAAAAUGGAGGUAGAUAUUACUAAAUUAUCCCUCGUAGAUACCAAAUUCGCACAGAUGUUAGAUGACAAUCCUGUGGGGUUUGAUUGGGCUUCUUACGUGGACAGAAAUAUCCUAAGCGUUGGACAGAUCCGUCAAUUAUGCUUAUGGGCUAUACAUCCAUCGAAGAAGUCACAUUAUGAAGCAAGUCAAUUAGCUGCGAAAGUUCUCCUUCUUAAGAUGAACUCCACUGAUGGCUUUCAAGAGUACGUCAUAGAAGAUGUGAUAUGGUCUUUGGUGUUCCAGGUUGCCAAAUUGUCAGAACCUCAUAGACAAUCUCUAGUGGAUUUGGGACGGUUAUAUGCUCUUCUGAACGUUUUGAUCACCUACGGUAUUUUAAAAGUUUCGACUUAUGUGAGAAAGCUUAUAAGUUCAGGUAUCCUGUAUUUAUCUGAGUCGAAUGAUAAAUUCAUUCAUUGUGAUUUAUUGAUUAAUUUGAAGAUUUCACCUUUAAUGAAAAGUCAAUAUAAUAUGGUUUUGAGAAAUGUGAUGGAAUAUGAUGCUAGUUAUUUUGAGAAAUAUAAUUUCGACCAAUUGUUGAGACUUUCCGAUGAGCUGAAGCAAAGAAUCGUGACAGGGGAAGAUUUGGAUUCGGGAAUUUACCCAUUAAGUAUCAAAAUAAUGACUGCAGAAUGGUAUUUGACUAAGUUGUGUUCUGAGAAGCUGGCUCCUGUGGAUAAAGCAAUUUUAGUCAAAAAUUUCCGUAUCUUUUGUGUUCAUUUACGAGCUUUUCAUCAUUACUACAAGUGGAUCGAGUUUGUUGUUUAUCAUCAGUUAUUAGUUGAUAUCGAGGCACUAGAGGCUUUAAUGGACAUUUUAUUAUGUUAUAACAAACUGUUUUCUCAGCUUGUGAAUGAUCAUAUUCUUUUUAUCAAGACAUUUAUCUUCAUUUACACAAAAAUCCUGAAGGGGAAAGAUACUGGUUCUUAUGCUGUGACAUCUUUUAUGCCAUUUUGGAAAUUCUUCAUUAAAAGUUUCCCUUUUGCAUUGAAAGUUGAUGAAGAAUUGAAGUCAGAACUAUCUGCCGUUUAUGAAGAAGAGAAGGCUAAGAUGGAAAGGCUCAGUAAUAAUAGACAGGAAGCACUUCAGGUAUACAAUUGUAUUAGGGGGUCGGGGAUAAAAGGUAUGAACUUAAAUUUUCCAGAGGUUUUCUCUACAAGUCUUCGUAGUCUUUUAAGUUUGAAAGAUUCCCCCGAUGAACAGAAGAAAUUCAGAAACUUCCUUCUUCUUUUGAUGGCAUCAAGUUCGAGAGAUUAUAACAAGUUCAUGUCCAUAUUUUUGAAAAGAAAAGAUUUUGAGGUGGUGAAUUUACGUUACUUGAUCUCCUGCAAGUUAUUGACCUUUGAUUUGGUGCAAAACGUUCUUGGUGCUUCAUUCGUUUUGAGUCUUUUGUCUAAGAAUGAUGUUUCACCAAAUAGUUAUUACAAGUAUUACGAGGACCUUUAUGUGAAAAACAAUUUUGCAGGAAUAUUAAAAUCAUGUCUGAGUAACAACUUGCUUCAAAAUUACGAUACAUUCUUGGAGAUUUUAGUUGGCCAUGGCACUUUGUCAAAACUUUCAUCAACAAGUAUCAAAACGAUUGUAAAGUUAUUCGAAGAAAGUCCUUCAAAUAGUUCUCAAAUCUUAGACGAUCUUCUUCAUUAUGGAAUCCCUAAGCUCGAAUCCAAUGACACUGCCCCAAACGAUAAUCCUUCCCAGCUAUACAGAAGUCUUAACUUUGCGAACCUGUGGAUAUUCCAAGCAUUUACAAAUUUUCAAAUUGAGCUUAUUUUAAAUGUCGAGGGUGAUUGCCACACCUGCUUGCACGAUUUCUUGUUUGAAGUGGUGGAGGCUACCGAUUAUAAUUGUCUGUGUGCUCAUAUAUUUGAUCGUAUUGAAGAUAUGUCCGUUAUUGAAUUGAUUGCUCAAACGUUUGAAGAAGAUUUCUUCAAUAAAUUCUUUUCUGUUGAAGAAUUGGACAAAAACUAUAUGGCGGUUAUAGUAGAAGUACUUACUUCUCUUUCACAAAAAGUUCACAAAGAUUCUUCUAAUGAUUUAAAGAUAUCUGAUGCUAAUUUCAAUCUUCUGAAACAUAUUAUGAGCUCUUUCUGUCAAAUGCCAGAAAAUGAAAUGCAGGGAUUGGAAGCACAAUUAGAUGUUUUCCUGAAAAUAUUCUCUAUUCAUCAAAACAUAUUAUUUCACCACAUUAUAAUAGCGAUUCAGAGUGGGAAUUACGAGGAGGCUACAGCUCUAAUAAAUGACAUGUACACAUUGUUUGAUAAAAUAUCUUUUAACUUAAGGUUGAAAUUAAUGCUUUACGAAGUUUUGUCCUCCUUAAAAUCCUAUUGCAUUUACGUUUCCACUGCAGUUACUGAAAAUAGUGAACAGAAAUUCGAAGUUCCAGAAAGGCUACUAAGCCUGCCACCUUUCCAAAUAUCAUCUUUUAUGAAGGAAGAAGAUGACAGAGAAUUGAAUGAGGAAGUAGAUUUGGGUGUCUCUACUAUUGAUACAAGAACGACUAUGGAAAGGGAGAAAUUUCACAGAUGGUUCAUAUUCAACAAGAAGGAGAAUCAGUACUGGUGUGAAUUACAAAACGAACCUUACCACUACAUCAACAAUUUCCAGUCUGAAGCAGUUACUUCAUUUAACAACUCAUGUUUGAAUUUGAGUUUAUUCAAUGCAACCUUCCGAAGGCAAAAUCCCAAGUAG